UGUUAAACGGAAAACGAACAAAACGACCAUGGCUGCCGCCAGCGUCACUGCUCCAUGGCUUCUCCGAAGAGCAUUUCAAGCGUUGGCUUUCUCUCAACCUCUUCACAUCAACAGAAACCUUUCUUUCUGUGGAAAUCGUUGCUCCUUUCCGGUUCAAACUCCACUGAGAAGUUCAGGGUUAUGUCACGUUGCCCAAGUUAUAAAGGGGGAUAAUGAUGUUUUACUUAAAGGAGUGGGAGAUAAAAGUGCUAUCGAAGAAGUGAAACAUAUUCUUGAAAUGGCUAGACGGGCAGCAACAAGAAGAGAGGUCCUCCAUACAGAUUUUCUCACCCCACCAGUAAUAAAGGAGUCAAUGCUAGUUUUGGGAAAACUGGCUGAUGUCAAAGCGGUUGCUCAGGGAGGAUACCCUCAGGCUGAGCGUUGUCGCAUUUCUAUUGGACAUUCAGAAGUAUUGACCAGUGAUCCUGAUGUAGUUGCAGCAUUAAAUUUUUUCUUUCUCAGCAUCACAGGAAACUUCGGCUUUCAACCUUGUUCUCAUGGUGACUUCCUCGGUGCAAUUCUUGGUACAGGUAUUGCUAGAGAGAAGCUUGGGGAUAUUAUCUUGCAGGGAGAAAAGGGAGCUCAUAUUCUGAUUGUUCCAGAACUUGUUGACUUUCUUAUGUCAACCUUGGACAAGGUCGGCAAUAUAUCAGUAUCAUGUAUGCAGAUACCUCUCCUUGCUCUUGAAUAUGAGCCACCAAGGACACAGUCAUUCAAAACCGUAGAAGCAUCACUACGGGUUGAUGCUCUAGCUAGUGCAGGGUUUAAGAUUUCAAGGUCUAAACUAGUUAAUUUGAUCAGUAAUGGGGAUGUGCGUGUAAAUUGGACAAGUGUUACAAAAAAUGGAACAAUUCUCAAGACUGGAGAUAUUGUCUCAGUUAGCAGGAAAGGAAGACUAAAGAUAGGAGAAAUAAACACUACAAGGAAGGGAAAGUUUGCCGUUGAACUCAUUCGGUAUCUGUAGGCUACAUAGCAAGAAAUUUUAUUUUCCAUAAGCUGGAGAAUUUUCAAUUAUUGGAAGACAAAGGGAGAUAUGUUUAAAGGUGAAAGAAAAAGGGAUGAAUAGUUGCAAGCUUCCAUGCCAAUAUUUGGGUAAUGACAAAGGUAUUCUCCAGUAAUGCUUAUACAUAAUAGCUUAUUCUCUUUUGAUAGUUAAAUUAGGGGUAAAAGGAUUUGUUGUUUAGAGCUAAGAUGUGGCUACCAUUAUUACUAGUGCAUCAACUCAUCUAUUUUUUCUUCAAAAUUCUUCUAAAAGAUUAUACUUUUCUUCAACAUUGAUGAUAAUUGCAUAUAAUGCUGGCCCUUGUCAUUGUAUAAUAGUAUGAAAUUACUAAUGAUUUUAACUGACCGGCAACAGUAGUAUAUUUGUUGACACUAGGCAGCUUGACUCUAAACAUAGAGAAAGUAUAGAAACAGCAAAGAAUCACAAACCAAUACUCCAUUCGUACCACAAUCCCACUUCCCUUGAGUUGGGAAGAGUAAAUUUGAUGGUACUGCUAACCAUUCCUUCUUCCUCUUCUGAUGCUAUUAAUUCCUCCAUUUGGUCACAACCCCAACCAAUGAUUUGUUCCAAAGUGCUCAGAUCUUGCAUUUGGUCUACCAUUUUUUUCUCUACUCCAGAAACAUUCCUAAUCAUCUGAGCAACUGUCCAUAGGUGAGUCAAUACAAAAGGAAAACAAACGUAAUAAAAACCUUAUAAAUGUUGGUAGACACGUAUUAAACACUGAAUAAAGUAGUUCACAACCUUAUUUCAAAUCAAAUCAUACAACAAAGCUUAGUCCCUUGUUUCGAUGGUAGAAAACCAACUCUCUGUUUUUUGAGACUGUGAAAUGGAGCUUAACAGUCACAAUUUGGAAGAGUUCAACAAACACACACUAAUUGGUGAAGAAAAUGGGGAUGAAUUGAAUCUAAAAUUACAAAGCAUAGAACAUCAGAAAUCAAGAUGAUUGAAUUGCGAUUUUACUUCAGCAUUUGGGCCUGACUGUAACCUUCUUUCCCAUUGUAUGUGUCUAGCGUAAGAGUGAAACCAUGUAAGAGUGAGUAGUAACAUUAGUUCA